AUGGAGAACAACGAGCCGGUGGCGGCGUCGGGCGCUCACGGCGGCGUCAGCCUCGACCUGCGCCUCGACGACCUCUCCCCCCGCCGCCGCCGCUCCCCCGCCGCCGGCGUCGACGACCGCCGCCCGCCGGGGGAGGCCUUCGCCUGCAACUACUGCCACCGCCGGUUCUACAGCUCGCAGGCGCUGGGCGGCCACCAGAACGCGCACAAGCUCGAGCGCACCCUCGCCAAGCGCAGCCGGGACAUCCUCGCCGCCCCCGCGCCGCCGCCGUCACCGGCCGCCGUCUUCCGCUCCGCGACGCCGCGAGGCGACGACAACAGGGACGAUGGCUUCCUGCUGCCGGCGACGUACACCUCCACGCGGUCCGCGGGCGCGGAGGACGCCACGGCGCAGCAGGCGGCGCCGCCGCCGACACCGAGCGUCGUGAUGGACAUGGCGGGCUGGGGGGCUGAGGCCGACGGCGGCUGCGGACGCCUCGGCCUCGGCCACGGCCGGAACGGCGAGGAGAUCGACCUGUCGCUCAAGCUCUGA